AUGUCUGCUGCUUUACUUGCUGUGUCUAGGUCGGCAAUGGCCUUGCGUACUGCUGCCGUUACAACACCAGUCUCACUCAAAACUACAUCAUUCUUAACUUUAGCUAGACUUUACUCAUCAGGCAAAUUUCCACCACACACAGUUAUCCACAUGCCAGCGUUGUCUCCAACCAUGACAUCUGGUGGCAUUUUGGAAUGGACCAAGAAAGUUGGUGAUGAGUUGACUCCGGGUGAACCAAUUGCCGAAAUCGAAACUGAUAAAGCAUCGAUGGAUUUCGAAUUCCAAGAGGAAGGUUAUUUGGCCAAGAUUUUGAAAGAUGCCGGAUCUAAGGAUGUCCCAGUUGGAGAACCAAUUGCUGUUUAUGUCGAAGAUGCUGGUGAAGUUGAUGCAUUUGAAAACUUCACUGCUGCUGACGCCGGUGAAGCACCAAAGCAACCAGCACCUGAAAAGGAAGAGGAGUCAAAACCAAAAGAAGAAGAACAAGACAAGAAGGAGGAGCAACCAAAAAAGACCGAAUCCAAGCCAUCUUCAUCUUCAUCCGCCUCUGGUAAACCACCAGGAAGAAUCUUUGCAUCUCCAUUGGCCAAAACUAUUGCUUUAGAAAAGGGUAUUUCUUUGAAACUGGUUAAAGGUACUGGUCCACAUGGAAGAAUUGUUGCUGAAGAUCUCAAAGGACUUGAGCCAGCACAAGCCGCUGCUGGCGCCUCAGCUACCACCACUGUUGCUCCAUCUGGCACCACUUAUGAAGAUAUCCCAUUAACCAGCAUGAGAAAGACCAUUGCCACCAGAUUAUUGCAAUCCACUCAACAAUCACCAACUUAUAUCAUUCAAUCGCAGAUUUCAGUUUCAAAGUUGUUGAAGUUGCGUGCAUCAUUAAAUGCCUCUGCCCAAGAUAGAUACAAGUUAUCAGUGAAUGAUCUUUUAAUCAAAGCUAUCGCUGUUGCUUCAGUUAGAGUGCCACAAGUCAAUUCCGCUUGGUUGGGUGAUCAAGGCGUUAUUAGACAAUACAAGAAUGUUGAUGUGUCAGUUGCUGUUGCUACUCCAACUGGUUUAAUUACUCCAAUCGUUAAGGAUGCUCACAACAAGAGAUUGUCUGCCAUCUCAAAUGAGGUAAAGGAUUUGGGUAAAAGAGCCAAGAUUGGUAAAUUGAACCCAGAAGAAUACCAAGGAGGUACCAUUUGUAUUUCAAACUUGGGUAUGAACCAUGCUGUCACUGCUUUCACUUCAAUCAUUAACCCACCACAAUCUGCCAUCGUUGCCAUUGGAACAACUGAAAAGAAGGCUGUGCCUAGCGACGUAAAUGAACAAGGCUUCAUCUUUGAUGAUGUCUUGACCAUCACUGGUACUUUUGACCACAGAGUUGUCGAUGGAGCUCUUGGAGGUGAAUGGAUUAAAGAGUUGAAGAGAAUCGUUGAAAAUCCAUUAGAAAUGUUGGUCUGA